AGCAGAGAGCGAAGGAUUUUGGGUAGGACAUCCUUAGGUCAGCCAUAUUGCGGUGGUCCGUCUGAAGGAGAGAGAGAAGAUGAGGGGGAUCCAGGGAAUAAGCCAGUUAUCGAGACGCUUCUAUGCGGCCACUCAAAGGGACCAGCCCUUGACUGUGCCCCUGCCAGGCGUCAAGGUCUCGGCAGGUGCCCCUCACAUGUACCAGGAUGUUCAUGUGACAAAAUUGCCUAGCGGGUUAGUGAUUGCUUCCUUGGAAAACUAUUCUCCUGCUUCUCGCAUUGGUGUGCUUGUCAGGGCCGGAAGCCGAUAUGAAAUGAUGGACAACCUCGGUGUCACGCACUUGCUUCGUCUGGCUGCCAGUCUGACAACCAAGGGAGCAUCUGGCUUCAGGAUCUGCCGUGGUGUUGAGGCUGUAGGGGGAAGCUUAAGUGUGUCAGGCUCCAGGGAAACCAUGGCGUACACUGUAGACUGCCUGAGAGAUCAUAUUGACACUGUUAUGGAGUAUUUGAUCAAUGUGACCACUGCACCGGAGUUUCGGCCAUGGGAAGUGUCAGACCUCACUGCCAGGGUGAAACUGGAUAAGGAACUUGCCAAGCAGUCUCCGCAGAUUGGUGUCAUUGAGAAUUUGCAUGCUGCAGCUUUUAAGAAUGCCCUGUCCAAUUCCUUGUACUGUCCAGACUACAUGGUUGGCCAAAUCACCGCAGAACAGAUGCACACCUUUGUUCAGAACAACUUCACAAGUGCAAGAAUGGCCCUGGUUGGUCUUGGUGUGGAUCAUGUCGUGCUUAAGCAGGUUGGGGAGCAAUUCCUGAACAUCCGCAGUGGAACAGGCACCAUUGGUUCCAAAGCUGUGUACCGUGGAGGUGAGCUGAGGCAUCAGUCUGGAGGAGGACUGGUUCAUGCCGUCGUUGCGAGCGAAGGUGCAAGUGCAACAUCAGCUGAUGCCACUGCAUUCAGCGUACUGCAGCAUGUGCUUGGAGCAGGACCUCGUGUCAAGAGAGGCUCCAACACUACCAGCAAACUGAGUCAGGGCAUCUCAAAUGUCACCGCUCAGCCCUUUGAUGCGUCUGCCUUCAAUGCCAACUACACUGAUUCUGGACUGUUUGGAGUUUACACCAUCUGCCAGGCUAACUCUGCCAAAGAUGUAAUCAAAGCAGCAGUCAGUCAAGUGAAUGACAUUGCACAAGGAAACCUUGCAGCAGCUGACCUCAGCAGAGCUAAGAAUCAAUUGACGGCGGAAUACCUGAUGUCUGUUGAGAGUUCUGAGGGUUUAAUGGAAGCUAUUGGUUCACAAGUGCUUGCAGAGGGUACCUACCAUUCCCCCGAGGCUGUGACCCAGAAAAUCAAUGCUGUGUCUUCAGCUGAUGUUGUCAACGUUGCAAAGAAAUUCAUGUCUGGCAAAAAGACUAUGGCCUCCAGUGGACAUUUGGUCAACACACCUUUUGUUGAUGAAAUCUGAACACAUCUGUAUUCCCACACAUUUUAUCUUUAGACAGUGUCUAACUCUUUGUUUCAUUAUAAUGAAAUCAGGACGCUUGAUUAUAUUUUAUUGUUCCUGUCCAAAAAAACAUAAAUAAAAAUAAUAAGGUUGUCAUCAA